AUGGAAGAGCACCGGAUACACGAUGAGCCCAUGGAAGAGGCACCACUGCAAGAGUCAGUGGUAGAGGAGACAUCCAAUUGGGAUAUGUCGGAGGAACCGCAGACGCCAUUGCAGCAACUGCCCGUAGAAGGGCUGACGCCAGACGAGCAGUUGGAAGCGGAGAUGCUGGCGUUCUUUAUGUCAGAACAACCGACGCCAGAAACACCAAUGGAAGUCGACUCAACCACCGAAGCGCCAACCCCAGAGACAUCGACCAUAGAGUUAAUGCCUGGUAUAGAGACGGAGAGACCGCUCUCUAGACGACCCCCCCGUUGGCUACAAUCCACAGCCACCCAGAGCAGGCUUCACCGAGCUCUCCACGCGCACCGAUUGGAAAGCGAAAUUGCAGACUAUUCGCUGAAUCGCGAGGAGAUUCAGGAGUAUGGGCGACUCGAGAUUCGGAGACUCCUGACGGGCAUGGGACCCCCUCCACCAAUGGAUAGAGCAGCUCAGAUAGAGCAGCAUUUCAAUGGCGACGCGCCCGACUCUGCCAAGGUGAAUGCCUUGCUUGUGCCGCAGAACCGUCUUCAAGUGGUCCGCUGGAAUGAAGCCAUCAGAAUGAGAGACUUUUACGAGCAUGCGUCACUCGAAGAAUUGAUUCAAGUUACGCUGCCAACAGAGUAUGAGACGUGGAAAAUGGAAAAGGAGUAUGCGGAUCUCAAGGAGGCCUUGGAAGUUGUACGCCAGACCCACGGCGAGGAUGAGCGUGAAAGGGAACACCGUCAAAGGAUGUGGGUUUGUAAUCGGCCUAGCAAUGGUAGCCGGAUAAAUCUCUACCGUUCUCGUGGCUAUGGAACCAGCUUUAGAGAAGUCAUUUCCGCCGACGAGGAGUGGCCUGAGGAGGGCUGGGCCAGUGCUGGAUUUGUGCAGCCGGAUGCGGACUUUGUCACGAGAUUCGAGGUGAAGAUGAGGAUGCGGCCAGUUCUGGUGCGUGAGAAUAGGCGUAGACCACGUUAG